AUGUUAGUUGAAAAGAAGUCAAUUGAAGAAGUCUGGAAAUCUACAGGCAGGAGAAUUAUUUUAAAGUCUGAUAAAGUGUGUGAGCCAUAUUUAGGAUUAUAUGAAGAACAUGGAAAUAUAGAUAAUCAAGAUUAUUUACGCUACGGAGUUAGGUAUAUUGGAAAUAAAACCUUGAAAAGUAAAUUUAAUGAGCGUAUAGUUUUUGGAGAAAUACUUGGUGAGUUCAUAAAAGCUGAUAAAUUGAUCCAAAAUAACCUAAAAUACUGUUUUACCGAGUUAAAUAGCUCAUUACAUUGGGUUUGGAGAUCAAGGAAUAGCAACUUAAUGAUAGACACUCGUGAUGGUACUGGAAUAUUAAGUUUUGUACAAAGAACAUGGAAAGACAGUAGUGAUAGUAAUUGCCAGCUAGAAGUCAUAGAUAAUAAAUUUUAUAUCACUUCUUUACCGAAUAUUUAUAUAUACCCAGGAGAUGAAUUAGUACUAUCAGUAAAGAAUAAUAUGGACUUAAUAAUGGCAACUUUUGGUGAUCAAUUAAUGAGGGCUCGAAUCAAAAAUAAAGUUAGUUAUCAACAAUCAAUUAAUCAUUAUUCAUAUAUUGAGUCACCAGCUAGCUAUGAAACACAUACAGGUGGUACAUCACCAGAUAUUUUGGAUACUAGCAAUAUCAGCAGAUACAAUAUAAAAAAACAAGCAGAUGCAAGCAAUAAUUUUUUCUAUAAUGAUCAUAGUAUAAGAAAUUGGAUACAUUAUACAAUUAACUGUAGAAAUGGAUCAAACUGUACUUUCUGUGGAGAUAUUAUAGGAAGUGUGAGUAAAAAAUAUAUAUCAUGGGUUUACAAAAAUGCGUUAGUUUUUAUAAUAGAUAAUAGUGAAUUUAAAGGAUAUGGACUCUCAAAUAGCCAAAUAAAAUGGCUUGAUCAGUGGAAGAGUAUAAGUAAUGAAAAAAAAUUAUACAAACUACUUUCCAUUUACAAUAUUAGUACUGAACCCAAAGCUGAGUUUGUUAAUAAUAUACAGGAGAUUAAAGAAAACAAAAUUGACUGUUGUGAGGAUGAAAUAUUGACUAAUUUUAAAGAUUCAGAUAUAAAUUGUAACAAAUAUAAUAACCCCAAGGUGGUGAAUAAACAUUUGGAUUCUGAUAAAUUUCUUAGACCACUUUCUAAUGAGAAUCUAUCUAUUGAUGCAUUACUUGUUCAAGGUUAUAUUUCAAAUGAAGAAUGUAGUCAAGAUCUAAUAAGCGAAUUUCAGAUGCUAGAUGAAGAAUUUAGUGAUAAAUCCAGUUAUAAGUGCUACCUGUCUAAACCGGUAUUUUUGUACUUUUUUUUUGAUAAAUGGAUACUAAAACAGCAAAAUUCUGACUAUAUAAUCAGGAUUCCAAUACCAUUAGAGAUUGAGCAUCAAGUUAAUCUACUAAUGCCAUAUCCUUAUGGUAUAAAGUGGCAUGCGGAAUCUCGAAGUUGGAGAUAUUACUUUGCUUGUAGCUCUAAGUAUUUUGUAUCUGGUAAUUAUGAGAGUUAUAAUUCAGGUAAAUAUCUGCAAAGUUUAAACUGUACUACAGAAUCUACUAAGAAUUUUCAAAACCAGGAGUAUAUAUCAGUAUCUCCAUUAUUUGAAGACCACUAUGGCCUAAUCAAAAGCUAUUUUGCAAUUUGCUCAAUAAAACUCAAAUAUGAGCAACAGAAGGUCUUAAUUUAUGAAAACAGUGAUAACUUGGCAUACAUGUCACAUGACUUCUAUUUAAAGAAGAAUAAGAAGCCAAAGUAUUUUGAAACAGGUGAAGUUAUAACGAAUAAAUCUAAUUUAAAUAGUUACUUGGGUUAUGACGAAACAUUGGAAAAUUGUGUACAAAAUAGUAUUCAAAGUUUUAAUAGUCUUUCUGCGGAGUCAUUUAAAAAUUCUAUACCUUAUUCUCCAGUUGAAUUUAUGGAUGAGAUAUAUGUGAAAUCCAAUGAAAAAGUGGAUUCCAUGAUUCUGGAUGAGCAUGAGAUUAUUCGACAGGCUGAAAUCUUAUUAGUACCUCCUUAUUCGUCUAAUAUUAAGUUUUGCUCAAAAAGAUUUGGUUUCCAGAUAAUGUAUAAUAAGAAGAGAGCAUGGUUCUCAGUUAAAAGUAGGGGGGUACUCGAAGCCUUCAAUUUAGCAGUUAAAUGGCUUAGAAAACAGCGUGAAGCUAAUGCAAAGGCGCAGAAAUAUAAAAGAAAGAUGGAUAAUAAUUUUUCAGGAGAUAGUGAUAAAGAUAGUAUUGCAAGCUUCACUGAGCAAGCUAAUCGUUUAAAACCAUUUCCAAAGAGAAUUAUUUGGGUACCAAGUAGACGAGUAUUUAUUGUUUCAUAUAGACGUUCUGGAGAAUUUAGUCAAAUAAAUACUAAAUCUUUCAAUCCAGCAAUAUAUGGAGGUGUUAAGAAAGCCUUGAAACAAGCUUGUAUAUUUCAAUCUCAGACUGAAUUAAAGGGUAAGUAUACUACUAUGAAUAAAAUGAAUAAAAGUGAGAAGAGUUUAUUUCAAGAUGAGGAUCAUUUAUGUAAGAAAUUGAUGUCAGCAUAUAAAGGUACUAGUAAAAGAGGAAUAGAUGCACUAAAAUCACUUAGUCACUGGGUUAAGAAAAUUGGACCUCAAGCAUCACCAGAAAUUGUAACAAAUGCAUAUAGAGAAGCAGUAUCAACAUAUAUUACACAACCUACAGUAUUAUUACAAAGCCUUUCAUUAAGUAACGCCAAUCAUAGUGAUGUCAAUAAUGAACAUACAUUCACUAGCAACAGCCAUAACUACGAAAUUAGCUACUCCAAUUCCUCUGAAAACUCAAAAACUAAUGAUCAAAAUACUUUAAUUCAUCCAGUAUAUUUAGAUACUGAUUUAAUAAUUAAAAAUGAGACAUAUUCUAAUACUACUUUAAAUGAACCAAUUAAUAUGGAUAUUAACAAUUACCAUGAUAUAAUUGGAAAUAAUUUAAAAUGUACAUCACUGGUAUUUUUUAACAAACAUGAUUUUUAUGAUGAAUUAAAGUUAACAGAGCCACUUGUAUCAUCUAGUGAUCCCAGAUUAUUAUUUCAAAAAGAGGAUAACUUUGAAUUUAAUUUUCAGUUCACUUCUCCAUCUCCAUUUGAGAAUAUAGAUUUAUUUACAUUGAUUGAACCUUGA